AUGGAUUUCAAGUACAAAUACAACCAUUCACAUAUUAUCAAAAAAAAAAAAGACAAAUAUGGCAGAGAAGAGCUAUGAGACAGUCCUCUGUUUCUUCUUCUUCUUCAUCAUCAUCAUAAGCUUCAGUACCAUUUCUGUUUCUGCACAAGUUUGUGAAAACACUACUGGGAUAUUCAUACCCAACAGUCCUUAUGACAACAACCGCCGUCUCAUCCUCUCCACCCUCGCUUCUAACGUCACGGCUCACGACGGCUACUUCAACAGUUCGAUGGGGCUUGGUCCAGACCGAGUCUACGCCAUGGGGAUGUGCGCUCCAGGCGCAGAACCUAAUGUUUGCUCUCAGUGUAUUGAGACCGCAUCUGAUGGAUUACUACAGAACUGUCCAAACCAGGUAGACGCUUUCUCAUGGUCAGGCAACGAAACGCUGUGCCUUGUACGCUACACUAACCGCUCCUUCUCUGGAUUACUCGUCAUGGAGUCACUUGGAGCGAUCGCCAGUAAUGCAGAUACCAAACUGAAUCAGACUUACUUUGAUAGCGUGUGGACAAAGUUAAUGUUUGGUAUGAUCUCUAACAUCUCCUCUUCCUCAUCAGCCGGGAACAGUAGGUCUAAGUACUAUGCAGACGAAGACGAUGUGGUUCAGUUAUCGGACUUCAGGAACAUAUCUGCGUUGAUGCAAUGCACACCAGACGUUUCUUUUGAAGAUUGUGACGUUUGCUUACGGACAAACGUUAUUAACUAUCAGACGUGUUGCCGUAGGAAGCAAGGUGGAGUUAUAUCGCGACCAAGUUGCUUUUUCCGGUGGGAGUUGUAUCCUUUUAUUGGUGCUUCAGAUCUUAUUUACUUACAGCCUUCAACGCCGCCGUCUCUCACACCAUCUCCUGUUUCGAAAGAACCGUCUCCCACAGUACCCUCUCAUGUUUCCAAGAAAGGCAAGUUUCUUUUUCGGAAUAGAGCAACCUUUUUUUUGGUAAAGAGCUUUUGGUCAAUUGUAUUUCGUGCAGAUACAAGAAUCUCAGGAGGAGUUAUUGCGGCAAUUGUAGUUGCUGUUGUUGUUGCCUUAAUAUUGAUUACUCUAGGCGUUGUGAUUUUCAAGAAGAGAAAGCAAAAACAAGAAAUUGAAAUUCCAACCGAAUCGAUCCAGUUUGAUUUAAACACAAUUGAAGCUGCUACAAACAACUUUUUUGAGCGUAACAAGCUUGGUGAAGGAGGAUUUGGUGAGGUUUACAAGGGUAUGCUCAUGAAUGGAACUGAAGUUGCGGUGAAGAGACUGUCUAAAACAUCAGGACAAGGUGAAGUAGAGUUCAAGAACGAGGUUAUUGUUGUUGCUAAACUUCAGCACAGGAAUCUUGUUAGACUUCUUGGGUUUUCACUACAAGGAGAAGAGAAGUUACUCGUGUAUGAGUUUGUUCCUAACAAAAGCCUCAACUAUUUCCUUUUCGACCCUAAGAAGAGAACUCAGUUGGACUGGGCAGUUAGACGCAACAUCAUUUGGGGAAUUACUCGAGGGAUUCUAUAUCUUCAUCAAGAUUCACGGUUCAAGAUCAUACACCGUGACCUCAAAGCGAGUAACAUUCUCUUAGAUGCUGAUAUGAAUCCAAAAAUUGCUGAUUUUGGAAUGGCAAGGAUCUUUGGAAUCAACCAAACUGUAGCUAAUACAUCAAAAGUCGUUGGAACCUUUGGUUAUAUGCCACCCGAGUAUGUGGCAAAUGGGCAGUUCUCGACUAAAUCAGAUGUCUAUAGCUUUGGAGUCUUGAUCCUGGAGAUCAUUAGUGGUAAAAAGAAUAGCAGCUUCUACCAGAUGGAGGGUCUAGUUAACAACUUAGUCACAUAUGCCUGGACACUUUGGGAGAAUAAAUCAUUGCAUGAACUCGUAGAUUCUGGCAUCAGAGAAGAUUGCAAAAGCGAUGAAGUCAAUAGAUAUAUUCAUAUUGGGCUGUUAUGUGUUCAAGAAAAUCCUGCAGAUCGUCCAACAAUGUCUACCAUUCACCAAAUGCUUACAACCAGCUCAAUUGCAUUGCCUGUCCCUCUGCCACCUGGAUUCUUUUGCAGUAACGAACCAAGAUUGACUCCACUAGCACAGGGAUUGGAGUCGGGUCAAUCAAACAGCAAGUCUUUUACUUGUUCUGUAGAUGAAGCUACAAUCACCGAUGUUACUCCUCGUUGAAUACUCAACAUGUUAUGUUUGGUUUAAGUUUGUUUCCACAAACGCAUGUCACUUUUUCAUAUAUGUUGUUCCUCAAUAACAAAUAUAAUUUGAUCUAGAA